AUGACGGAUCAGAAUAGUAACAAAAUUCCUUUCGGGUUCAAGUGGUGUAAAUGGGUGCCGGUGAAAUGUAACAUAUUUAUGUGGCGGGCGUUUCUGGAUCGCAUCCCUACGAAAACAGCGCUGAGGCGAAGGAACAUUCAAGUUCAAGAUGAGGAGUGCGUUAUGUGUGGAGAAGGUUUGGAUUCGACGGAUCACAUUCUCACAGAAUGUGGCAUUGCUUCGGGUGUUUGGAAUGGUAUUUCUAUGUGGUGCCGCAUUCCGCAGGUGUUUGCUUUUUCUACUAGCGAUUUGGUUCAUAUAUUCGAUCAAUAUACUCGGUCGGAAAUCAAGAAGAAAGCGUUACAAGGAGUAAUUAUUAUAACGUGUUGGAGGCUUUGGAAAGCUAGGAACGAGAUGAUUUUCUCCAAUAAAGUUCCAAAAGUAGUCGAUAUAGUGUCGGAUGUUAAGGCUUUGGGGUAUAGUACUAGGGCGAGACGGGAUUCGGUGGAUUGGGAGAAAUGGUGUAAGUUUGAUUUGAUGUAA